AUGCCAUUCAACUCACUGGUCGAAGAAUACAAAGUUGCUAAGGCACGUCUGCUGCUUACACUUAGGGACUCGUCAGAUGAGAAGAUCAGUGGAGCAGGAAUUGAAGUAAGAACUGGGAGGAAAUGGUCAGUGAAGCAGGCAAUAGACCAAGCUGAAAGUAGUUUAAAUCUCCAGGAUAUUGUAGGAACAACAAACAAGGGCAGAGAAGGACUAGGUAUCAGGUUCAAACAGAGAUGGAGAGAUUCUGAUAAAGUGGAGAGAAGAUCAAUGGUGCAGACAGAACUAAGGAGAGCAGAAGAUGAAACACGGUCAUCAAGAUCAGUCCAACUUGGUUCUCAGGGAAGCUGGAUGAAGUGGAACUUGCCAGAGAGGCAGUUAACCUGGCAGGAGCUGUGGAGUUAUGAGCCACUUCAAUUGAGUUUCCUCCUUAGAUCUGUUUACGACCUACUACCCUCCCCAACAAAUCUUAAACUGUGGAAGUUGUCAGAAGAUCCCAGCUGUCCACUUUGCGGAAAUGUAGGAUCAUUACGCCAUAUCAUGUCAUCAUGUAAUACUGCACUGUCCCAGGGACGAUACAGAUGGCGCCACGACCAAGUUCUUCGUGAAAUGGCGGACAUCCUGGAGAAAGAGAGAAAGAAAGAUAGACCGUUGAAAAAGACUGGACCACACUUUAUCAACUUUGUUAAAGAGGGGGAGAAGAAGUCUGCAAAAUCAACAGGUACUGGCAUUUUACAUGAUUCAAAGAACUGGGAAAUGCUGGUAGACCUUGGGAAGAAGUUAAAAUUCCCAGAGGAAGUGACUCACACAUCCCUUCGGCCAGAUAUAGUAAUGUGGUCAAGGUCUCCGAAGUUGAUGGUGAUGGUAGAACUCACUGUUCCUUGGGAAGAGAGAGUAGAAGAGUCACAUGAGAUCAAGAAGGGGAAAUACCCAGACUUGGCAGACACAUGUAAAGAAAGAGGAUGGAAGACAUGGGUCUUCCCAGUAGAAGUUGGUUGCAGAGGCUUUCCAUCACAGUCAGUUUGGAAAAUGCUGGGAGCAGUGGGCAUUAAAGGAGGAGCCCGGAAUACCGCAGCACAUGCUCUUGGCAAAGCUGCAGAGAGAGCGUCCAGUUGGCUCUGGCUAAGACGCAAUGAACCAACCUGGCAGCCAUCGUAG